AAGCUGUGAAGGUGUCUCAGUGCAGAGCCAGCCUCCCUGUUGUAUCCUCCUCCUCCUCUCGCAGUCACUUCUCUCCAUCUGUUUUGAUGCAGCUCAUAACAGAUCGUCACAUUAUCCUCCCUCCGUCUGGAAACCGCAGCAGCCUUGGGAUUAAACCCAGCACCACACUCCUCUCAGUGCUGCACCUGGGAGGCAGCUGUACACAGCGCGUUACCUGACUGGACAUUUGAAACAAACCCUCGGAGCCCAUUCUUCGUCUUCUUAGGUGCUCACUGGAAACACUUAGGUUAGGUUUUGAUUCAGCAGGAGCCUCUGCUCUGCUGCUUCAGCUCCUCCAGCUGCUGCGAGGAACUUUACGAGGAGCCAAGGUGCUUUUGCUCCUUUGAUUUCUCACCUGGAUGCUGAGGAGAUCAACAGGAUGGACCUCACCUACAUUUGUCUCCUCUUCACGGCUCUAAUGUUGAUCCAGCACAGCGAAGCCCUCUCUGUUUCGAGCUCUGUGCUGGAGGAUGGCCCCCCAGUGCAGCUCCCCCAUAUGGCUCACCGGCGAGAGAAACGCUGCUCCUGCGAGAACCAGAAAGACAAAGAGUGCAUUUUUUUCUGUCACAUUGGCAUCGUCUGGAUCAACACCCCGAGCCAGCUGGUGCCUUACGGGUUUGGAUCGGUGCGAGUGAGGAGGGAGCUGAGCCGCUGCCGCUGCACGGAUUCAGAGGAUGCUGAGUGCAUGAAGUUCUGCAGCGUCCAGGAGAAACCAAGAGCUGAGAACGCUCCUGUGAAGAGGAAGAAGGACAAACAGCUGAGAGGAUACAAGACUGCAUUCUGGGAAAAGAGGAGCAGACCUGCACUCAGACAGACCUGAGGAAGAGGAGGCCAACCAGUGACACCAGCCCCUCUGGAUGAAAGUCCUUGAUUUAUGAAUGAGAACAAAUGGACUUGGCAUGGACAUGUACAGUGUGUGUUUGUGUAAAUGUAACAACAGUGAAGCGUUAGGAGAGGAGUGCUGAUCACUUACAAGCUCAUCUUUCUAACAUUUAGCUGGCAUCCUGCCCUGCUCAGAUUCUUUAGAGCUGAGGGAGUUGACUUUUCUGUUACCUGAUGAUUACAGCUUAUUUAUAGCACAGAAAGAUGGAGCACAUCUCCAUCCAGGCUGGACCAGAAACCGCUCCAGACCGGCCAGUGUGUGUAAACCUCACAUCUCUGAAAUCAUCCAAAGUUUAGAGUUUUUCCAAAUGAGUUUCAAAUAUGUCGUCCACAGAAGCUACAUAGGGUUGCUACCUCUGUGAAGGAGGUUAUGGGUCAUCUAAAGUAGAUUCAUUUGGUUGGUUUUUUUAACAGUCAAAUACGAUCAUAAAAUCUCACGAGGGUUUCAGGCUGGGUCGAUCUGAGAAAACGAUGAAGCAAAACCCCGAGGCCAGUAGAAGAGAUAACUUCAAUUUCAGGUCAUUUAACACAAUGAAAUCACGUCAGAACAAAGUCGUCAUUUCAUUCGAUCAAACUGAACUAGGUGGUGAAUUUUUAUUAUUUAGAGAAAGACUUGACGAGCACAACAAAUCUGAUCAACCGUGAGUGUGCCGACCUCAGCAAUCCACGACACAAAAAAUGAGUUCAUGAGCUUGUUUCCAUGGAUACAAUGGUGAUAAAUUCUAAACUACUUGCAGUUACUCGUACAACCACAAGACGUCUGUGUUAGCAGUUCCUGUUUUUGCAGCUUUCAGCUUGAACAAUAGCUGUGGAUUAAAAGCUUUCAGACAAAAACACCAUAUUCACAGUGUUAUGACUCUGAGUUACAGCUUCAGUGGUUUAAUCAAAAAGUCAAAUGUUUUAAUCUGUAUAAACUUUAUUUAAUCUACAA